AUGCGAACAUGGCGUCAUUCAGGUGACAAGGAAGACGAAGGGUAUGCUGGUUCUUCUGUAGAUGGUCACAUGGCUGUGGAUGAGCAAAAUGCUCUGCAGAUUGUUGUGGGUUUGCUGCAGGAUAUUACUCCUGGCCUAUCGAGUGUUGUCACGGACACAUUGUUUCCGCAUUAUCGUCGUGAACGUCCAACCGCUUCCACGGACUCUUUGGCAACAAUGAGAUUGGAUUCUCAGAUGAUCCCCUCUGUCAAACAAUCACUGAAACGAUUUUCUUGGAAGAAGCGUGGCACACCGUUGUCCUCUUUUGAAGCUCCGUAUUUGAGCGAACUGGGGCCGAUCGCUGUACCUCUCUGUUUGAACAUAUACCAAACCCGUUUCGGAUUACAAUACCCCCCUAACCCUGAACAACUGCAGAACUUGGAAUUGACGGAUGUUCCCACUUCAAAGCAAAUUCUAAUCAAUCGAUGUGGUUUCGUUCAGGAGUUUUUACUCAUGCAUCUUGGAAUCCCAUCACGACGGUUCAUUUGGGAUAGUCCAUCCGAUACAGAGGAGACACACUGCAAUCAAAAACAGGAGAUUCUGUUCGGUCGAUUCGUGUAUGCCAUCAAUCAUCUGGAUUCCCUUACUCUCGGCUGUUCCGAAUCUGCUCUCCUGAACUUGCUUGAACGACAUUUGCAUGCCGGUGCCUAUUAUCGUCAGCUGACUUGGUUGACUCGACAGACAAAUUGGUCAGUUCUAGGUGGUAUGUGGAACGGAAAUACCAUUUGCUCCGGAUAUACAUGGGCUUGUUUACGUGACGCGAUUUCUGAAUGUCUAAUCCCAUACGAAGAAGGAGUUCACUUACUUUUAGAAAGAGAACGAAUGGCCUGGUCCAAUGGACUUUAUAGAAACACAAAUAACCAAUAUGGACCUUUGAAUUUAUCGAGAAAGCUGAAGUUAUUCACGGAUAGAAUUGAGUGA